AUGCCUGCCCCUUACUCGGCAGCUCCUACGGCGCAUCUACCUACCCUCCUGUCGAGCCCCUACGACCAGCCGCCUGCCGAGACUGAGGAGGGCGGCUACCACUACAAUGGUGAUGUGGGCGGCUAUGAUGGUGUACCUCGCGACGAGGGCUCUCCACGGUCGAGCUAUGAGGACAAGACCGAAGUCAAUUUCACACCGGCGCCGAACCAAUACGGAACAAGAGCAUACGCCGCAGUCGACGAGGGCCACGGUGGGGACUACUACGAUGAGAAGGGUGGGUACUACUCCGACGACGGCGACUUCGAUGAACGCGACGAUUGGGAAGGGGAUGAAGAGGGCGGCUUUGGCCAGCAUGCAGCCUUGGACACACAGCACUUUGGUCCUGCUCCUCAGCAGCUCCUGAGGCGGCACAAGACCAAGAAGAAGGUCGUCCUCACUCAAGGAAACCUCGUCCUCGAUUGCCCCGUACCGAGCAAGCUCAAGGGCUUCCUGAGUCGACGCGGAGAAGAGGAGUUCGAGUCGAUGCGCUACACCGCCGUCACUUGCGAGCCGGACGAUUUCCCCUCGUCGAACUAUUCGUUGCGACCUCAGCUACUUGAUCGUCACACGGAGCUCUUCAUUGCCGUCACGCUCUACAAUGAGGACGAAGUGCUUCUCACUCGCACGCUACACGGCGUCUUCAAGAAUAUUGCGCACUUGUGCUCGAGGACCAAGUCUCGCACCUGGGGAGUCGACGGCUGGAAGAAGGUCGUCGUCUGCAUCAUCGCCGACGGUCGUAAGAAGAUGCAUCCUCGUGUUCUCGACUGUCUGGCUGCCUUGGGCGUCUACCAGGAAGGAGUGGCUAAGAACGUCGUCAACGGCAAGCGCGUUGAAGCUCACUUGUACGAGUACACGACGCAACUCAGCAUCGACAGCAAUCUGCAGUUCAAGGGAGCCGAGCGUGGCUUGGUGCCCAUCCAGGUGCUGCUCUGCAUCAAGGAACGCAAUGCCAAGAAGAUUAACUCGCACAAGUGGUUCUUCAAUGCCUUUGGCCCUGUCCUGCAGCCGAACGUCUGCGUGCUCCUCGACGCCGGUACUCGCCCGGAGGCAAAGUCGAUUUACUACCUCUGGAAAUCCUUCGACCUACACUCCAACGUCGCUGGUGCCUGUGGUGAGAUCUGCGCCGACACUAAAGGCCGCUGGGGCGUAGGCAAGGCGUUGCUCAACCCGCUCGUUGCAGCGCAAAACUUCGAGUACAAGAUGAGCAACAUCCUCGACAAGCCUACAGAGUCGAUCUUCGGGUACAUCUCAGUGCUACCUGGGGCCUUCUCUGCGUACAGGUAUCUGGCGCUGCAGAACGACGAGUAUGGGCGAGGCCCGCUUGCAUCUUACUUCAAGGGUGAGGCGUUGCUUGGCGCAGACGCCGACGUCUUCUCGUCCAACAUGUACCUGGCAGAAGACCGCAUUCUCUGCUUUGAGCUGGCAGCCAAGCGAGGAGAGCGAUGGGUUCUCAAGUACAUCAAGCAAGCACGAGGUGUUACCGACGUGCCCGACCAGCUUCCAGAGUUCAUCUCACAGCGACGUCGCUGGCUCAACGGAAGCUUGUUCGCGGCUUUGUACGCUUUGGUACAUACUCGCCAAUUCCUUGAGUCGGAUCAUGGCUUCUGGCGCAAGGUGAUGCUGAUGAUUGAGUCCUUUUACUCAUUCAUCAACGUCUGCUUUGCCUGGUUCGGCGUGGCCAACUUCUACAUCUUCUUCCGCAUCCUCACCACCUCACUCGAGAGCCCCACGUUCCACCUCAAGGGCAUCGUCUUCAUCAAUACUGUGGCGCAGUACCUCUACCUAGGCACGCUGGCUGCUUGCUUCGUCUUCUCGCUCGGUAACAGGCCACAAGGAAGCAGGUGGAAGUACAUGGCUGCUACGCUCAUCUUUGCUGUGCUGACCCUGUACAUGAUGAUUGGUGCCAUCUUCUGCCUCGUCCGAGCAGUCCACAACGUUCACGACGCAAUCUACGCCCAGAUGAUUGUCUCCCUCCUGGCGACCUACGGCGUCUACCUCAUUUCCUCCAUCAUCGCAUUGGACCCUCUGCAUCUCGCAACCUCCUUCAUCCAGUACCUCCUCCUCUCUCCGACGUUUAUCAACAUCCUUCAAGUGUACGCCAUGGCCAAUAUCCACGACUUUUCGUGGGGAACAAAGGGCGCCGACUCGGUCGAGAACGAUUUGGGCACCGUCACAUCUACCGGGCAGGGUACGGUGGAGAUUACGCUGCCUACGAGUCAAGUGGACAUUGAUCAGGGGUACGACGAGGCGCUUCACAAUCUGCGCACGCGUCCGAUGAUCAUCAAAGGCGAGGCGCCCUCCGCGGAGAAGGAGCUGGCACGCAAAGACUACUAUGCGGGUGUGAGGACGAAUGUGCUCCUCCUCUGGAUCUUGAGCAAUGGUUGCUUGGCGGCAAUCAUUCUAGGGACAGACACGAGUUCAACUUUCGAUGCUGGGUCGGGCACCACAAGAAGCAAGGUCUACAUGGUGCUCGUGCUCGUCUUCGUAGCCAUGAUGUCCUGCAUCAGGCUUAUUGGCUCGACAAUCUACACCCUCAUCCGCCUGGUGGCUGGGUGA